CCAAGUCGACAAGGAAUAACGACGGGAACUGCGCGGGUGCUAAUACGCAACUAAGCGUUUGCUCAAGUCGGGGUGACGGCGAUCUGAGAAGUCGCACUUCCCUUCUGCUGUCCCAGCAAACAACAAAACGGCGGAACUUGCUUUUUGCUUUCCCUUUCUGCUUGCGUUUAUCCAAAAUUUCUCCCAACCUCAAAAUUGGUAAACAUUCACAAACACAACAUCAAUCCCAACCGACCAUCACAGUGCCCAUCCUCGAUUCGUACCAUUACCACUACCAACUUACAUACAUAUACCUACCGCUCGACAGCAUGGAUGACCCAGGCAAGGCCAGUGGCGCCCAGAAGGCAAAGGGCCAACCCCGCGACGCGCGAAAGAAGGCGGCCGCGGGCAGUCGCGACAACCCUCCCGAAGGCUCAAGGCCCGCCGCAGAGCGCAGCGGCAAGGCCGAGGCAGCCAAGGGCAAGGGCAAGGGCAAGGCCGAAACGUGCAGCGCCACCGACCUCCUCUCGGAGCUGAUGGCCAGCAUGCCCGCAAUGCUGCCCGACCCGGUUGUGCCGACCCGACUCCCCACUGGCGCCUGCGCAGGCCAGAAGCCCUCCCAGCAGCAGCGGCAGCAGCCCGCGCAGCGGCGGCCCCCCUCCUCGCGACCGGCGGGCGCGGCGGGCGCGACGCCCAAGGAGCUCCGGUGGUGGAUACCGCAGUGGGACGAGCAGGUGAUCGGGCGCAUGGCCUUUGCGUCGCUGGGGUUCCACCACUGCGACCUGAGCCGGGCGCCCGAGCCGGAGCGGCUGACGGACCCGCGGCUAAAGCACGCGCUCGACGACUGCGCCGAGUGCCGCCUCACGUGGCUGACGGGCUUCAACCGCCUGCGCGGCGGCGGGCCCGGCACCCAGUGCACCCACCCGUGGCACUACGCCUGCGGCCGCGACAACGAGGACCUGAUGGUGGACGACGGCGGCGGCGGCGCCCCGCCCCGCAAGGCGCCGCAGCGCCCGCCCAUGAGCUCCAUCGUGGUGCGCAUCGGCGCCGUCGCCGUGGCCGGGGGCGACGACCGGAAGCAAGACGCGGCGGCGGCGGCUUUUGGCGUCUGGUUCGCCGAGGGCUCGCCCUACAACGUCGCCGAGGCCAUGCCGCCGUCGUCUCCGCCACCAGCACCCGAGACGGGAGACCGGACACAGCAGCAGCAGCAGGCCGACACCGACCCGGCCUGCGCCGCCGUCGCCGCCAGCAAGGAGGCGGCCGAGAUCGCGGCGGCCACGCGGGCGCUCGAGGUGCUCGAGCAAAAGGUGCUCCCGGCCUGCCGGGCCAGGCUGUCGCUCGUGCGGCAGGUGCCCAAGGACCUGUCGGACCUGUCGCAGGCCACGGACCUGGUGUGGGCGCGCCUACAGGGGGUGGACCAGCGGCUCUUUGCGAACGAGGUGCACCAGUUCGAGCAGGUGGCGCGCGAGAUGGACAGGGUCGAGACCAACCGCUUCGUGGCCGCGCCGGGGGCCGCGCCGGGGGACCGCAUGACCAUCGUCGGGAGGGUACAGGCCGACGGGCGGCCGGGCCGCGACGAGGGGUUCGCCGACGCCAGGCAGGCGCUGGCCGACAUUGCGGCCCGGCUGAUGCCGAGGCUCAGGGACAUCAACCGGCGGCUCGACGACCACCACUACGUCCUCAUGGACGAGUGCCAGCGCCGCACGGCCGACGCGGCGCGCCAGAUGGGCAUCGCGGACGCGGGAGGGCGGCCGCCGUCGGGCUACAAGCUGCGCAAGUGGAUGGACAAGCGCGACGCCAUCGUCGACGACUACCUGCUCCAGAUGCAGAGGACCAUGGGGCCCGACGCCCACAAGAUGCAGACCCACUACGUCCGCUUCAUCGACAACGCCGAGUCCUCGUGGGUCGAGCCGUGGCUGCGCAACUCGCUGGGCGGCCUUAUGCAGGCCCCGCUACCGUCGCCACGCGACGUGCUUAGCGGCAACGCCGGCGGCCGAGCUGCCGCCGCUACCGCCCCCAAGAUGGAGUACAACGCCGACAGCCUGCUGUUCAACCGCAAAAAGCCCGAGCCCGCCCCCGAGAGCCCCAAAGCACCUGCAGCGGCGGCGGCGGCGACCCCAAGCAGCUCUCUGCGCGAGGCGGUGCUCAAACACAACGCCAAGUACGCGGCCGAGUCGGCCUCUGCCUCCGCUGCCGCCAGCGCCGCCGAAGCUGCGCCUGCCAGCACCAGCGGCGGCGGCGACGACAAGGUGCAGGACAGGCCAGUCAGCAUGCGCGUCAUCAUAAUGUCGGACUCGAUCGAGCUGCUGAACAGCGUGUGCACAACCCAGCAGGGGUGGAGGCUCGCCACCAAGGCCGGAAGGAAGGCGAGGGCGGGCGGCGGCGGCAUGGACCCGCUCCUGCGCGACGGGAGCGGCCGGGCGGGCAGGAACACGGCCGCCUGGCUGAGGCUGUGGGUGGCCAUCGCCCGCCUUCGGGCCCUCGCCGACGUCGGGGUGGUCUGGUACGCGGUCCCCAGGGAUCAGAACGGGGACGCCGUCCGACUGGCGCGCUCCGCCAUGAAGGGAAAGGGAAAGGAGUCCAAGUGAUUUUUUUUUUUUGGCGUCCGCGUUGCGGUCAGAGGAAGGGCACGGGCUGCGCUAGACGCGGCAGUAUCCUUUCGAGCGGAAUACGUGAUACUGGAAAAGGGGGGUUAUUCUCAGUGUAAAUUAGCUGUACGAGGUAGUAGCAGUACUUGUUCAAGCGUUGUAAG